AAGAAAAAAAAAAAAAGAAAGAAAAGAAAAAGGAAAAUUCGAAGCCGAAAAAUCUCAAAAUAUACGCGGACCCGUUUAGGCAGAUGGUCUGUGCGCCAUGUCAUCAGGUGAUAUCGAUCACAUCAGGUGAUACCACAUGAUCCAAGAUAUCUAUCAGAUUAGGAAAGCGGUGAAUAGCUGAUGUCAAUGGCGAAACUGGAUAAUGCGCUAAACCUGAUGCGGGAUGGUGCGGGGUUCAAGGAGCGGAUCCGUCUUUCUUACUUGAUCCGAGAGAGUUCAGAGUGCGAGGUCGAACCCCGCGGGAAAAAGGGAAACGGGAGAAAAAGUGCGAGGUCGGUGUUCAACUUUCUUUCUUUCUUUUUUUAUUUGACCUUCUUUCUCGCAGUGAUCUUGGGUUGGAUUCGCACUUCCUUGCAUUGUCUCAAUCGAUCGAAGAAAGGUUCGACAGGGUUUCCAUCCGUCAUGGCGCAGAAGUCAGCUAUCCUCUCCGUCUACGACAAGACCGGUCUGCUGGACCUGGCCAAGGGCCUUGUCAAGCACAAUGUCCGUCUGCUCGCGUCUGGUGGUACGGCGAAGCUGAUCCGCGAGGCUGGAUUCCCCGUUGAGGAUGUUUCUGCCAUCACCAACGCCCCCGAGAUGCUCGGUGGACGUGUCAAGACCCUCCACCCUGCCGUGCAUGGUGGUAUCCUGGCUCGCGAUCUGGAGUCCGACGAGAAGGACCUGGCCGACCAGAAGAUCGCCAAGGUGGACUACGUUGUCUGCAACCUCUACCCGUUCAAGGAGACCGUCGCCAAGGUCAACGUCACUAUCCCCGAGGCUGUCGAGGAGAUUGACAUUGGUGGUGUGACUCUUCUCCGUGCUGCGGCCAAGAAUCACUCCCGCGUUACCAUCCUCUCUGACCCCAACGACUACCCCGAGUUCCUGAAGGAGCUGGAGGCCGGCGAGGUCACUGAGGAGAGCCGCAAGCUGUACGCCCUCAAGGCCUUCGAGCAGACUGCCGACUACGACUCUGCCAUCUCGGGCUUCUUCCGCAAGCAGUAUGCUGGUAACGGUCUUCAGCAUCUUUCUCUCCGCUAUGGUACCAACCCCCACCAGAAGCCUGCCGCUGCCUACAUGGUCCAGGGCAAGCUUCCGUUCAAGGUGCUUGGUGGAUCUCCCGGCUACGUGAACUUGCUCGAUGCCCUCAACGCCUGGCCGCUGGUCAAGGAGCUGAAGCAGGCCCUCGGCUUCCCUGCUGCGGCGAGCUUCAAGCACGUCUCUCCCGCUGGUGCUGCUAUCGGUGUUCCCCUGAACGAGAAGGAGCGCAAGGUCUACAUGGUUGAUGACAUUGAGGGACUCGAGAACUCCGGUCUCGCCCAGGCUUACGCCCGUGCUCGUGGCGCUGACCGCAUGUCCAGCUUUGGAGAUGUCAUUGCCCUCAGUGACAUCGUCGAUGUCCCCACCGCCAAGAUCAUCUCCCGUGAGGUCUCGGACGGUGUCAUCGCCCCUGGCUACGAGCCCGAGGCUCUCAAGCUCCUGACUGGCAAGAAGGGCGGCAAGUACCUUGUUCUCCAGAUGGACGAGUCUUACGUCCCUGCUCCUCAGGAGACCCGUACCCUCUACGGCGUCCAGCUUACCCAGCACCGCAACGACGUCACCAUCACUCCUACCAAGACCUUCAACACCAUCGUCACCCCCAAGGACCUGAAGACCCUUCCCGACUCUGCUCUCCGUGACCUCACGGUGGCCACCAUUGCUCUGAAGUACACGCAGUCCAACUCUGUCUGUUACGCCCUGAACGGCCAAGUCAUCGGUCUGGGUGCCGGUCAGCAGAGCCGUAUCCACUGCACCCGUCUGGCCGGUGACAAGGCCGACAACUGGUGGAUGCGUUUCCACGACCGUGCUCUCAACCUCAAGUGGAAGAAGGGCACCAAGCGCCCCGACAAGAGCAACGCCAUCGACAUGCUGUGCUCCGGCCAGGUGCCCAGCAACGAGAUCGAGAAGGCCGAAUUCGAGCGGGUCUUCGAGGAAGUUCCUGCUCAGUUCACCAAGGAGGAGCGCGAGGCUUGGCUGAAGCAGCUGAGCGAGGUUGCAGUCUCCUCGGAUGCUUUCUUCCCCUUCACGGACAACGUGUUCCGUGCCGCCCGCUCCGGUGUCAAGUACAUUGCGGCCCCCAGCGGCAGCCAGAACGACGGCGCUGUCUUCGAGACUGCCGAGAAGCUCGGAAUCGUGUACGUCGAGCAGGGCACUCGGCUGUUCCACCACUGAGCUGGCUCUCUGUAUCUUAGCGACAAGACGACAUUGACAUAUGAAUUCCCGAAUACGCAGCUGACGAUAAAGUCUGGCGUAGUUUCUUUUUCUUUUUCUUUUUUGGUCUGAGUUAUAUAAGCAUUUCGUUUUUCUGUGGGAAAAGAAGGAUAUAGACAAAAAUAUAUCAAGGACAAUUCAACUCGUUCUGAUUCAAAUGCCUCGUCUCGUAAACUUAAUCAGCCAUGACAUUGUAAUUAAUAUCUAGAUCCGUAUGGGCUGUAUAUAUUGUGAGAGCACGUUAUGAUCUAGAAAAGUGCUUUACCC